AUGACCAGCUUUGCAACGUUAUUCUUUGUCUGGAUGGCGUUGUUGCUGCGAAUAGCUCAUGCAAGUUUCGACAUCCUGCCGUCCUUGAGUGGUCAAGAACAAAUGGCCAUACGAUCACAACGAGACUUGAUGUCGAAUGUUACUAUCGAUCAGCUACCACUAGUGGGAGUGAAUCUAAGAAAUGUUAUUUUUAAUGACGAAUCUGUAAAUGACACAGAAUCUCUCGAAGCAUUCCAAUCUUUGAUGCAAAAUGGUGUGCAAAGCUUCCGGCUAGAUUUACAACAGAAUGAUAGUGUUUACAAUCUGGCAAAUACAGAUAUUGAGCUCGGAACUUUUUUACUGGCGUUUGAAAGCUUUGUGAAUAUGACAGACGACAAUCUAUCAGCCAAUAUUCUGACAUUGCAUUUGAAUAUCUCCAAUGCAGCCCUAUAUGGAAACAGCAGUUCCAAUGGCAGUGUGGUUCCGUCGUCUGGAUCGGUUCCCAAUAUAACGUACACAUUAGAUCAGUCUAUGGGUCGCCUGAGAAUAUAUACGCCAGAUGAUCUACGAAAUGACCAACUGGCGGGGGCUACCUAUGACAACUCUGGCCUAUCCAGUAGUGGCUGGCCCACACUGAACAAUUUUCUCUACUCCAAGCGAAGAAGGGUAGUUAUCACCGAGCUGUCAAAUACCUUAAAUUAUUCAGAAACGCCAUACAUCUUCGACAGCUCAAUACUACACUAUGAUGUGCGAAAUAAGACUCUCGAAACACCAAAUACGGUUGCUCAACUGAUGAACAUCUCCUCCAUUAGUUGGAGGUACUUGGAAGCUGACUUCACACCUGCAGAGAUUAGAGAGUAUACAAACAUGGGAUUUUCUCCCAUAAUUGCAAAUCAGUACUCCAAGGAUAAUUUCACCAGUAUAGAGACUAUACUGAAUCAUAGUGUAGUCUGGUCGUGGGAUACAGACCAGCCCGUAACUACGCACACCGCAACUCCAAAGAAUAGCGAUUCUUUGGUAGCCUACAAUUGUGCUGUUCUCAAGUACACAGUGUCCAACCAUUCCGCUUUUUGGGAGGUCAACAACUGCUACGAUAAGUAUCAAGCACUUUGUCGAUAUACAGAGAGAGCCUAUGAAUGGGCGGUUACGGAAGCUUCGGACACCUAUUUUGCCUUUGAUCGUCGUUCCGAAUCUCAUUGUCCCGAUGACUAUAGGUUCGCACUACCGAGAACUCCACUUGAACAAUUCUCGUUGAUUAUGCAUCUUGCCAAUACAACCUACCAAAACAUUCAGAUAUGGGUUGAUAUGAACUCAAUUGCUGUUAGUAACUGUUGGGUUACUGGUGGCCCUUACGCGACAUGUCCUUAUCAAAAAGUGGUCUCUCGAAGAAACUUUGUUACCAUGUUGACUCCUGUCACGGUUUGCUGCUUCUUCAUACUAGUUUUGGUCUCAUACCUCAAUCUUCUACGUGUACCGAUCCACAGUAAUAGGAAGAAUUGGAAAAGGUUGUUGAACGAGGUGUCUAAAUCGGAGCUCGAUGGCGUUCCAUCGUAA